AUGCCAUCCAACAGCUUCUUGGGUGUAGGCCCUCCUAUGUUUACAGGAGAAAAUUAUCACAUAUGGGUGAUAAAGAUGAAGGCUUCUCUCAAAGCUCUUAGUCUAUGGGAAACCAUUGAAAGUGAAGAUGAUCCUCUUCCACUUGGACCAAAUCCAACAAUUGCACAAAUGAAGAUUUAUGAAGAUGUGAAGUCAAGGAAACCUAAGGCUCUCACAUGUCUUCAUUCAGCACUUUCAGAUGUGAUCUUCACAAGAAUAAUGGCUUGUGAAACACCUAAAGAAGUAUGGGAGAAGCUAAAAGAGGAGUUCAAUGGAAGUGACAGGGUGAAGACUGUCAAACUCUUAACUCUCAAAAGAGAAUUUGAGAUGUUAAGGAUGAAAGAAGGAGAUACUGUGAAAGAGUAUUCUGCCAAACUUAUGGAGAUUGUAAACAAAGUAAGGCUGUUUGAUUCAAGGGUGGUGGAGAAGAUGAUGAUAAGCUUACCAACAAGGUUUGAGUCCAAGAUUUCAGCAAUAGAAGAAUCUUGUGAUUUGAAGACUUUAUCUGUGGCAGAACUGAUCAGCAAGUUGCAAGCCCAAGAACAAAGAUCAAGUAUAAGAGAUGAAGAAGUAGUAGAAACGGCAUUUCAAGCACAACAUAAAGGCAAAUAG